AUGGAUCAUUAUCAUCCUUUAAUACCAAUUGAAAAGAGACAUUUGUUAAGGUCUCAAACAAAAGUGAAUAAAGAGCAAUUGAAGGUCGAAAGUGUAAUGAAGGCAAGUGGAGUUAUGGUAACUGAUUCACUAUGUCUUUUGUCCAAAGAAGUUGGUGGUUUGCUGAAUUUUGGGUGUACUCGAAAGGAUAUAUACAAUGCUUUGACUAUUGAAAAGGCCAAUAGACUUGAUGGCUCGGAUUGUAAUCAAUUGAUCAAGUAUUUUGCUCAAAGGAAAGCAAAGGAAGCUGAUUUCUAUUAUCAGUUUGAGGUAGAUGAAGGAAAUUCUCUUACUUGUGUUUUUAGGAGAGAUGGAAUAAUGAAAAGGGAUUAUGAACACUUUGGUGACUUGAUGGUUUUUGACACUACUUAUAGAACAAACAAGUAUGGCAUGAUAUGUGCCCCAUUUUGUUGGUAUGAAUCACCAUUGUAA